UGAGAAGGUUUCCCAGCAGCAGCUGCUUCUUCUCUCCUUUUCUUUUGCGUCCCGCUUUGGAGCGGCGAGCGGGUGGCUGAGAAUGGAGCCGCCGCCGCCGCCGCCGCCGCGACCCCAAGCACCAGCGCUCUCCGCGGCGUUCCUGCGGACAGGUUCGGCAGCCGCCUUGUCCUCUGCGCGGUGACUUUGUCUGCUGGGACGAAGCGCGCGGGCGAUCAUCAUCUCUUUCUCCUCGGAGCCGAUCACCCGCCGCCGUGCCCAGGGUGAUCUUUUACAGCGUCCGGCGCUUCUCUUCGCUCUUCUGUAGCUCGCCGGCGCCCGAGUUCAGCUGGAUCUGCUUUUUCGCUUAGGAGCCCAUUUCGCUCCGCAAGGGCGCCUUGGUAGUGCGAGUUUGACCCUCUCCUUCCACGCGACGGACGCGAGAUCUCCUGAGCGGGGGAACAAGGGAUAGACUUUCCUUCCCGACGCCCUCCUCUGACCCAGCCGCUGGAAAUAACUUUUUUCCCCUUGGGAGGUGGGGGAGGGGAUCUUUUUUGUUUGCUUGGUGAAGGAAGACGCCGGUGUUCCUUCCCCGCGAAUCCUGCCGCUCCUGGGUGUAUGUGUCGGUUUUUCUUCUUUUUUGCAUGGAUGCACCAUGGCCACCGCAACGCUGGUCUGCAGGGUGCAGUUCCUAGAUGACACCGACCCUUUCAACAGCACCAAUUUCCCCGAGCCCACCCGGCCGCCCUUCUACACCUUCAGGGAGGACAUCCCCCUGGCCACUCAGCUGGCUGGGGUGCACCGCCUGCUCAAAGCCCCGCAGAAGCUUGAUGACUGUACAUUACAACUGUCUCACAAUGGUUCCUACUUGGAUUUAGAGUCUACUUUAGCAGAGCAGAAGGAUGAGUUGGAAGGUUUCCAGGAGGAUUCUGGCAGGGGCAAGAAGCACAGUAUAAUUUUGAGGACCCAGCUUUCAGUCAGAGUCCAUGCCUGCAUUGAAAAACUCUACAAUUCAAAUGGACGGGAGCUGAGGCGGGCCCUCUUCUCCUUGAAACAAAUAUUUCAAGAUGACAAGGAUUUGGUUCAUGAAUUUGUUGUGGCAGAGGGUCUGACUUGUUUAAUAAAAGUGGGAGCUGAGGCGGAUCAGAACUACCAGAAUUACAUCUUAAGAGCGCUGGGACAAAUUAUGCUAUAUGUAGAUGGGAUGAAUGGAGUAAUAAAUCAUAAUGAAACAAUCCAGUGGCUGUACGCUCUCAUUGGGUCAAAGUUUCGCCUGGUUGUAAAGACAGCACUGAAGUUACUCCUUGUUUUUGUGGAGUAUACUGAAUCUAAUGCACCACUUCUAAUCCAAGCAGUGUCCAUAGUAGAUGAAAAGAGAGGCCUCAAGCCAUGGUCCAAUGUCAUGGAGAUCCUGGAGGAAAAGGAUGGAGUUGACACAGAACUUCUAGUUUAUGCCAUGACUUUAGUGAACAAGACACUGUCUGGCUUGCCAGAGCAGGAUUCCUUCUAUGAUGUUGUUGACUGUCUGGAAGAGCUGGGGAUCGAAACUAUUUCUCGAAGACACUUGAACAAGAAAGGAGCAGAUUUGGACUUAAUAGAGCAAUUCAACAUUUAUGAGAUGACACUGAGACAUGAGGAUGGAGAUGAAAAUGGUGAACCUCCUCCUAGUGGCCGCAAAGACCGAAGAAGGGCUAGUUUUGGCUGUAAUGAACGAAGGGGACUGGAACGUAGGAGGAGCCGGAGGCAUUCUGUCCAGACUGAGAAGACCAGUUUAUCAGCACCUCCCAGCCCCUGCACUCAAGCAAGCCCCAUGUAUAGCCAUGGGCAGGGCACUGAAGAUCUCAGUGAGAAAGAGGAGGAAUAUGAAGAGGAGGAAGAGGAACAACCGGUCACAGAGCCUAAUUCAGAGGAUGAGGGGGAGGAAGAGGCUACUAGGCAGGUCAAAGCCAGAAGGCUUCCAGAAGUACAGGAGGUUGAACACGGUUCACAGAAUUCUGAGACUUCAGCCACCUCAGGUGUAUUUUCUCAAGAUGAGAGGCCUCCCGUGUGCUUUAGGGGAGAGAAUUCAUCCAAGAGCUCAUCAUCCCCUGUGCCUGAUUCUUUUCCUUCACACCAUUAUUCUCUCCAUACAACACCCUCAUCUGUAUCUAUCAAGUCUUCCCAGAAUUCAUCAUCUAUUACUCCAAAGGCAUCUCCAACUGUUGAUAAAUUACCUUAUGUACCGCAUAGCCCCUUUCACCUCUUUUCCUAUGAUCUUGAAGAGCCUCCAGCAACUAAAGAAAAGGAAGCAGAAGGGAUUAGGGAACACAGUCCUUCUGAAUACCUGCAUGUGAACAAAUUUUCUGAAUCCUUCGAUCCUUCUAAUUUCCACUCUUUCUCUUCUUCUAGACACAGUGGCUCCAGCGACAACUCCUGUUCUUCCAUGUUACCUCAUUCUGGACUAAGUACACCUACAACACCAAACUCUCGUUACGCUUCAUCCCUAUCGCCACCUCAGGAGGCCACAAUGGAGAGGCAGUCCUUGGGUGGUCUCCUUACAUCGUCCUAUCGACAGCACCAAGAGUCUCUGGCAGCUGAAAGAGAGAGGCGACGUCAGGAGAGAGAGGAGAGGCUGCAAAGGAUAGAGCGUGAAGAGAGAAACAAAUUCAAUCGUAAUUAUCUAGACAAAAGAGAGGAGCAAAGACAAGCAAGAGAAGAGAGAUACAAAUACUUAGAGAAAUUGGCAGCUGAAGAGUACGAGAAGGAGCUGAGAAGUCGGAGCUUAUGUAGGGGCAGGAGUGACUUGUCCUUGAAUUUGGGUUCUUCAGUCCCAGCCUCUCCCAUUCCCACGUGUGCCAGCCCAACUUCAACAGAUUCUCCGGAGGAACCAAAGACCCCUGUGACACCUUGCAGGACAGCUCAGACCCCAGAAGUGAGUGCCUGUGAACCAGAACCUGAGCCAGAGGCAGAAACAAAAGCAGAGCAGGAAGACAAGGCAGAGUCCGAACAGGGGACAGAAGCACCCCAAGAAGUAGAGGAGGAGCCAGAGAGCGAAGUGGAGCAAGGUCCAGAGCAAGAGACAGAAGAAGGUGCAAUACUAAGUGAAAAAGAGAGGCAGAAUGAAGAAGUGAAUGAAAAAGACAAUUGUUCUGCAUCCAGCAUAUCCUCAGCCAGCAGCACUUUAGAGAGGGAGGAGAGGGAGGAAAAGUUAACCAGUGACAAUGAAACUGGUCCAUGGUUACAGACAGUUCAAGAUGUUGGUGUGAAUGACCAGUGCAACAACAUUCUCAACAACAAAAGGUUCAUGCUGGACAUGUUGUAUGCCCAUAACAAGAAGCCCAAGGAUGAAGAAGAUAAAGAGCUGGAGGAGAAGGAGGAGGAAAAGGAGGUGGUGGAGGCAAGUGAAGACACUAUCACAAGCCUGGCCAGCAGGAUCUCAGUCCUGAAGGCUACCAAACAGGCCAAGGAUGAAAGUGUUAAAAAAGUGGAGAUUGGGAAUUUGGACAACCAAGGCAGUGUGAAAGCCUUUGCGGAAAGAUUUAACAAUGGUGAGCUGGGCAAGACCUCAAACUUUCCUGAAAGUGAUUUUAGUGAAAAGGUCUCUGAAAAAAUACCAGUGCACGCCAAGAAGGAAUCUGACUAUAUUUGGGAUCAGCUCAUGGCCAAUCCAAGGGAACUUAAAAUCAAAGACAUGGAUUUUACAGACUUAAGGGAUGAGGAUGAUGUUGACAUACUGGACAUGGAAAUGGGUCCUGGUGACUCCUUAGCUCCCCCUCCUCCACCCCCACCUUCCUUUUUAGGUUUGCCUCCUCCACCCCCUCCCUUGUUUUAUGGAUGUCCCCCUCCACCCCCACCCUCUGAUAAUUUAUUGGCACCCCCUUCCCUAUUUGGCACUCCUCAGUGUUUAGGAUCACCCCCACUUCCCAGAGGUCAGCCAGCCUUUAUAAAAAAGAAGAAAACUAUCCGUCUGUUUUGGAAUGAGGUGAGGCCGUUUGAGUGGCAGUGUAAGAACAACAAACACUGCAAAGGAUUUCUGUGGUCAAAACUGGAGCCUAUUAAGGUGGACACUUCCAAGCUAGAGCAUCUCUUUGAGUCUAAAUCCAAGGAGCUUCCUGUCACAAAGAAAACUGCUGCAGAUGGCAAGAGGCAAGAAAUCAUUGUGUUGGAUUCCAAGCGAAGCAAUGCUAUUAAUAUUGGGCUGACAGUAUUACCCCCUCCAAGGACAAUCAAGAUUGCAAUUUUGAACUUUGAUGAAUAUGCCUUAAACAAGGAAGGGAUAGAGAAAAUUCUCACAAUGAUUCCCACAGAAGAAGAGAAGCAGAAAAUUCAGGAGGCGCAGCUAGCCAAUCCUGAUACCCCUCUGGGCAGUGCUGAGCAAUUCCUUCUGACACUUUCUUCCAUCACUGAACUGUCUCCUAGACUUCAGCUCUGGGCAUUCAAAAUGGAUUAUGAGCUUGUCGAAAAGGAGGUUGCAGAACCACUUUUGGAUUUGAAGGAAGGAAUGGACCAGCUGGAGAACAACAAAACAUUGGGAUUUAUCCUUUCUACGCUACUAGCCAUUGGAAAUUUUCUCAAUGGAACCAAUGCCAAAGCCUUUGAACUGAGCUACCUCGAGAAAGUCCCAGAAGUCAAGGACACAGUGCAUAAGCAGUCUCUUCUGCAUCACAUCUGCACGAUAGUGGUGGAAAAGUUCCCAGACAGCACAGACCUUUAUUCUGAGAUUGGGGCCAUCACUAGGUCAGCCAAGGUUGACUUUGAACAACUUCGGGACAACUUAUGUCAAAUGGAGAAACGGUGCAAAGCAUCAUGGGAUCACCUGAAGGCCAUAGCAAAGCAUGAAAUGAAACCAACUCUAAAGCAAAAAAUGUCUGAGUUCCUUAAAGACUGUGCAGAAAGAAUAAUAAUUUUAAAAAUUGUCUAUAGAAGAAUAAUUAACAGGUUCCACUCCUUCUUGUUAUUUAUGGGCUAUCCUCCUUAUGCAAUCCGUGAAGUCAACAUCAAUAAGUUCUGCAAGAUUAUUAGUGAAUUUGCUCUGGAGUAUCGCACCACCAGGGAGCGAGUUUUGCAACAGAAGCAGAAACGAGCCAACCACAGGGAAAGAAACAAAACCAGAGGGAAGAUGAUCACAGAUACUGAUGAAGAAGAUGACCCUGAGUCUGGGAAAUUCUGCAGCAACUCUCCUACACCUCACAACCAACCGCAGGGGCUGCAGUAUGCUGAAGAUGCAGUGGAACAUGAGAACAUGAAGGCUGUCUUGAAGACUUCCUCUCCAAGUGGGGAGAACACCACAGUAUUAGGAGUGCGCACUCGAAGUAGGGCCAGUCGAGGCCGUGUUGGUUCAUGGAACGCUGGCAAUGAUGAUUCGCCUAAUGCUACAGAUGACGCAGCAGAUGAGAUAAUGGAUCGCAUUGUCAAAUCUGCCACGCAAGUGCCAAGUCAGCGAGCAGUGCCUAGAGAAAGGAAGCGAUCAAGAGCAAACAGGAAGUCAUUAAGGAGGACACUUAAGAGUGGACUGACACCAGAAGAAGCCAAAGCACUGGGUCUGAUGGGCACUUCAGAGAUGCAGGUGUGAUAACAGCAUUCAUAUCAACUACAAGAAGAGCUAUCUUCAUAUACAUGCACAGACACACAGGCUGCCAACGGUCUUUCAGUUUAACAUUCUCCUGCCAGUUAAAUUUGCUGCUGUCUCCAUAAUCUUUUAGAUUCAUUGUCAUAAUACCGAAGCAGGCAAAAAAGAAAAAAAGUAGGCAACGCAAAGGGCUAAAAUAAAAUAAAAAUGUGUAACUGAUGAGUACAAAAUAAGUCAGGGCUGCAGGGGAGGGAGUGAUUUGGAAAUUGCAUAAUGCUGUUCUGGCUUGUUCAUGCUGCAUUAAUGUGGUUUUUAAAAAGGUUUUCCGCAGGUUGUUUUGUAUUGUGUGAAAGAUGUUUAUGUUCAUUUUCCUUUUGACCUUUUGUAAUAAUUGUAAAGUACUAUAUUUUGUCAGUUCAAGGGCAGUCCUUUAAACAGGUGAACUUAAUUCUGUCACAGUUCCGAUGACCUUUCUAAAGACAAUAUUGUUAAAUAGAAAUGUACCAUUAUUUUUAUCUUUCCACCAAAGAAUGUAAAAAUGUAUGUCUACUUGUGUAUAUACUGAGUAUGCAUAUGUAUGUGUGUGUGCAUGCACCCACACAUGCACACACACAUAUGUAUAUAUGCCUACCGAAUCCAGGUGCCUUCAACUUUCAUUCAUGCAGUUCUGCAAGAAGGGAAAUCCUUUUUACAGGAACUCAUUCCACUAGGUUAUUUUUAUAUUGGGACCUCUCGCAAACAUGUAUAUGCACAUUCUAUAUAAUGGCACAGAUGCACAGGAAUAGCACAGAGUACCUCUUGUCACUCAACUGUAGAGAUGAUUGUAUAUAUAAAUUAUAGCGGUAUGCCAGCAACUAGCCAGAGACAAAAGGGGAUUUGCUGUCAAGUAGGAGUUUUGUGCAUAUAUGUGGGCCGAUUAGGCUACUUUCAUAAUCUGAUGUAAUAAAGCUUAAUUGUGUCAAGCCCACUGGAUAAACUUUAUAAGGGUUCCGCUAACACUUUUUCCUAGUUACAUUUUCAUCACUAUCACAUACCAUGAAAACACAAAAGGGAACAUAAGACAACGGGGAAUAAGGACAGUUUCUUUUGUUGCACAUGCAAACUGUUCCCCAUUUCCCAAAUAAUGGGGAUAUUUAAACAUCCAGAGACUUCCUUUCUGAAGUUAAUGGACUAUAGUUUAAAGAAUGUAUUUGAGAGAGAUUUUAUACAUAUAUAUAUUUCCAUGGUUUGCAUCAAUCAGCUCUUUACCUUUCAUAAGAAAUAUCCAUCUUGGAAAUAUUCAAGAAUCAAACACAUUCAAUAUUACUUUCCCUUUUAUUGAAGGCUGCUGUGAAAGCGAUCUUUUUACACUUAAACAUACCUUUAAGCUAGUGGUACUAAAGAAGGCUUAAUGAUUGAAUCAUUGUUACCAUGCCAGCUCAACACUGGUCAGGCACUGGGCUUAAAAACAAAUGAACUUUCUAUCCAUGAGAAUAUUGCACAUUAUUCUGGAGAAUUCCAGUCACAGCCUUUAUGCAGAAAGCCAAACACUGAACAUACCAGUAUAAGAAAAGAUUGUGAGAAAUUCCAUCUAUACAUUGCUCCUCCCACUCAGUUGCUGGAUUUUGACCCAUGAUUCACUGUUGCUGUUAGAUUUAACCUAGCCUCUCCAAUGGGAUGUUUGUCUCUUGUAAACGUCUGUGACAGCUACAGUUGGGCUCCUGGACAAUGUGUCUUUCCUCUUUCCUUUUUGGCAUACUGUUUACUUAGUGAUUCUGCAAUGAUAUGGAAGUCAUUUGUUAAUAAACCCGAUCAGUGUAUAUUUUUUACUAGAGAGAAAGGCAUUGGCCAGUAAACUGAAGAAAACUGAAUUUAUUUAAUCAAUCUUUCAUUUAUUCCAAGAGGAUGAGAUUAAUCUGUGGGAGAUGGGUUUAAACUCUUAGCUAUCAAAACUUAUUUCCUACCUCUCCUGCAUGAUAGGAUUGUCUUAGAGCAAGAAAAUGUUGCAAAUUUCCAAAAUGAUAUGGUUUGGGAAAAGACCCAAAAUGCAAUAGGUACUCUUAGCUGGUUAAAAUACUAAGGCAUAAAAACAACAGUUACAGUUGUUAUAGAUCUUAUGUGCAAGAAGAAUGCAUGCUAGCAUUGUACACUAACCAGCAUGUUGGCGUGUUUUUGGUGGGCGGGGGGACAAUGCUAAAUUGUUGCAUUGGUCUGUCUGCUUGCAACAUCUAUUUUGUAAUUUUUAUUAUUAUUGAGAUUUAUACCUGCCUUUCAAUCAAAUUUCCAGUGCAGCUUACAAAUUUUCAUUUCUGUAAAAAGCCACUCUCCACAUAAGCACUUAGUUAUUGCAGAAACACACAUUAGAAUUAGGCUAUGAUACAAGUAGAACAUUUUUCUAGAGAGCCGGGGGGGGGGGCUGUCCUGGUCUCCCACCCCUCUUCCUAUAAACUAUGGUGUUCUUAACUGCCUAACAUUUAAACUGUAGCCCAAUUUCCAAAGAACACUUUUGAUAAUGCCAACAAACAAAUGGGCAAUCAGUCCUUCAAGAAGGGUUGCCAAGCUGCUCUUUUGGCAAAUAAAACAAAUAUUUCCACAGAAUAUUUUUAUAAUAUCAAUGGAAUUGUUCCAUAGGAAAUGUUUUCUAGAUUGCAUAUAUGGGUUGGGAUUGAAACAGCUGCUUGGGCUCACGCACAAGGAUUGCACUAGCCCAGUUGGAUGUCUGCCAUUUUCUAUGACUAUCCAACACCCGUCCUAAAUCUCAAUCAGUUUUGAAAUUCCUCUCAGUUUUGAGCACAAUGGUGGGGAGGAUUCUGUUUUUUAGGAAACAAUGCAUAUAUCUCAAUCCAGGAGCUCAUAGAAUUCGUUUAAUUGAAUCCUGGCCAUGAUCCCCCAUAUAUUAUAAAUUUUGCCCAUAGGUCCUCUUCUGGUUGUCUGGGCUUGACAUGUGUUCCUAAUGAAAUGUACUCAUGAUUUAGUAUGCAUGCAAGAAAGGAAAACACCACCAAGGGACCCUAUACCUUCCCCCCCCGCUGCCUUUAAGGUUUUCAAUGUUGCUUGCACCUGUGUUGCUUGCACAUUGCUGCCAAGUGACUAUUCACACAACUGCCUGAUGUUGUGCUGUUUCUUUGAUAAGGACAUAGACAGAUACUAGCAUUUAUUAGGUGCUGCCAAAAAAUAUGAUUGUUUCCAGGCUUUGAAAGUGAGCAACAUACAAGUCAAUUCCAUCUCCAAACUGAACAAUAAUUGUCCGUGGCAUCAGUGCAUUUCAAGCACAGUAGCAAAAAUGCCCAAAGGAAUUCUACGCAACAUGCUUCAAAAUGUAAUAUCACAGCAGAAUAUACAUCUUUCACUCACCACUGCUUUAUAGGUUCAAACAUCCACAUAACAGUUCUCAGAUGUUGCAUAACAAGGGGAUCCAUGUGUCCACUGAGCCUUACCUGUCAUUUCUCAUGAGCCUUAAUAAAGCUUUUCUGAAUUCAAAAGGAAUGUUCUACUAAAAAUGGCAACGUAAAGGAUUCCUCAGCAUGAAUAGUGUAACAUUUUUUUAACAUGCACCAAAAGUAACCAAGAAGUUUUCUUUUGAAGCAGUAAAUACAUUUCCAUUCCACUCUCGCUUGUUUUAAAACCUUCACAUAUGCACUGGGUAUAAGCAAACACCAUCAAACUUUUUCUUUUUUGAAGACACACGUUUCAGCCUUCCCUCUUACUCUGAAUAUCUGUUGGUAACUGGUUAAAAGCAAAAUGCUUAAGAUGUGGUAUUUGGGAUACUACCGAUCUGGGCAGCACGAUGAAGGAUAUACACUGUCUUUAUAUUAUGCAGCAUUCUGUAGAGUUAAGGUUUUAAAGGUGGCAAUCAUCCCAAAAUGUUAAUCGCUCUUGCUAAUUUCAGUUGAACUCUUAAAUCUGACACCCCCCUUUAUUAAAAAUUUGAUUCAGAAGUGCAUAUGGUCUUGCAAUGGAUUGUUUUAGGUUGUAUAUUUGUUGCCUGUUUAAUAGCAAGGGAUGUUACCCAUGUUGCAUCCCCCCUCACUCACUUUCUCUUUCACGGCAACAGCCAAUGUUUUCUAGAAAGCCAUACUUAGGCAAUGAUUAACCAGGAAUACAGAUGACAUUUUAAAUAUGUAAUUGAUGCAUUCCUGUACUUGGUUAUGAGGAUAUGAUAAGAAACAUGCAUAGGGCAAAUCCUAUAUAUGUCUACUCAAAUUUAAUCCCCAUUGAGUUCAGUGGGCUUACUCCCAUGUAAGUGUGGUAAGGUUGGAAGCCUAAAUGGAUCAGUUCCAACUUUCUUAGUAAUACAUAUUGUUGCUACUAAUAGUCAGGAAAAUCAUGUGACAUUAAUGAUAUUUGAAUUUGGCACAAGGAAGUUCUCUUGUGGAAGAUCCAUCUGAGUGCUCUUUUCCAUCUAUUUCAGUGGCACUUGUGCAGGAGAACCUUACACUGGAUUCCAUGCCUGCUCUUUUAUACUGUUCAAAUAGUUUUGGGUUCCUAAAGAGAACCAUGAUCCAUCCAGAAUAUGAAGCAAAAGAUUGCAUUUAUACUCUGACAUAAAUAACCUCCGGAUUCAGUUAACGCAGGGAGAGCUUUGUGUUUUCCUGAUUGAAAUGAGGCAUUUCUUUGUCGCAGGAUGUACUAAGAUUAAUUUUCACAUUAAUUAAUUAAUGUGAAACUGGGUGGGAUUCACAUCUAGUUAAAUAGCAGUUCACUUACUUGCGUGACUCAUUCAGAGGAACAUCCUAAAGUUUUUAUAACUUGCAUACAUACAAAGGGAAAAUACUUUAAUUUUGAAAUACUUUGGCUUUGCUACUUCAAGCAUUGGUACGGAGGGCUUAUGGCUAUCACUAAGUUUUAACAGCUGUGAAAUUAUGAAUUUUGUGAAUGAGGAAGCCCAUUUGUGAUGUUGGGCUACAUUUCUCUUUUCAAGGACUGUCUUUGGACUUCUACUGUCUUUUCUGUGAACUGGGAAUUUAAAAAGAAAUAGUUCCAAAAUACAAAAGGGCAAAUUUCUAGACAAAGGACAACUAUUGUAAAAAUGUGUAAAUGUGACUAGACUUCGUUCUGUGUGUAGUAUAGUGUAAAAUAAGCUUUUUUCCAGCAGUGUUAUUCUGUGAAUUGUAAUUUAAGAACAAGCUAUGCAUGGUAAGAUAUAUAUCCUGCAGGAAACACACACAUGCACAUCAAUGUUUGUUUUGUUGUUUUCCUGGGUAUAGGCAAAGUCUUGUAAAAUGUUGAAUUUAACAUUUCAUCCUCAUAGUUUUACUUAGUGACGAACUUGAAUUACUUUUUUCAAAAUUUCCUGCAUCCAAGCACACUGAUAAUUUGUAGCCAUCUUCAUGCAGUUUUGGCACUACAAUGAGUAUAAGAGUUACCUUUAAAAAUACUCAUUACCUGUCUCUUCUCCCAAAUUACUUUCAGAUUAAUUUUUUCCUGUGCCAUGCAGGCUUGAAAUAUUGACCAUUGAUCUGUGCCCAGAAAUCUGUGAUAUAAUUUUAAUGUUCACUUCUACUGCAUUAUGUAAACACAUCUUGCAAUAAAGCUUUCUAAUGCACUAUU